UUCAUAUGCGUGGAUCUUCAACGAAUACCCAUCGUUCGUUGAUGAAGACCGUCGGAGAUUUGUCUCCCAGGAGACGGGCCACCUCUACAUAGCCAAGGUGCAGCCGUCCGACGUGGGCAACUACACGUGUGUGGUGACAAGCGCGGUGACAGCCGCCAGCGAGCUGGGCUCGCCGACCCCUUUGGUGCUGCGUCCCGAUGGUGUGAUGGGGGAAUAUGAACCAAAAAUAGAAGUUCAGUUUCCAGAGAGUCUCCCGGCAGCGAAAGGCUCAACCGUGAGGCUGGAAUGCUUUGCCCUUGGAAACCCCAUACCUCAGAUUAAUUGGAGAAGAAGCGACGGGCUGCCUUUUCCCAGUAAAAUUAAACUGAGGAAGUUCAACGCUGUGCUUGAGAUCCCCGACUUCCAGCAGGAGGACGCAGGGUCCUACGAGUGCGUCGCCGAGAACUCGCGGGGCAGGAACGUGGCCCGAGGGCGCCUCACGUACUACGCAAAGCCUCACUGGGUUCAGCUCCUGAGAGACGUGGAGGUAGCGGUGGGGGACAGUCUCUUCUGGGAAUGCCAGGCCAGCGGGAAGCCCAAAGCGUCGUACCGCUGGCUGAAGGACGGAGAGGCCCUGGUGCUGGAGGAGAGGAUCCAGAUUGAAAACGGGGCGCUCUCGAUAGCGAACCUCAGCGUGGCCGACUCGGGCGUGUUCCAGUGCAUAGCAGAAAACAAACACGGGCUCGCCGCCUCCAGCGCCCAGCUCAAGGUCCUGGCGUCCCCCCCGGAUUUCUCAAAGACACCCAUGAAGAGGCUGGUGCGGGUGCAGGCGGGCAGCGAGGUGGGCCUGGAGUGCAAGCCCCACGCGUCCCCCCGGGCCCGCGCGUCCUGGAGGAAAGGCCACGCCACGCUGCCGGACACCGGAAGAAUCUCUUUUUUAAAGGAUGGAGGACUCAAAAUCGCCAAUGUGACUAAAGCCGACGCUGGGACCUACACCUGCGUCGCCGAGAACCCGUUCGGGAAAGCCAAUGCCUCCACGCACGUGGUCGUGACCGACCCCACGCGGAUAACCGUGGCGCCAUCCAACAUGGACGUGUCCGUUGGCGAAAGCGUCGUUCUGCCCUGCCAGGUGCAGCAUGACCCCCUGUUAGACAUCACGUUCACCUGGUACUUCAAUGGGGUCCUCACGGACGUCCAGAAAGACGGCGCUCACUUUGAGAAAGUCGGUGGGAGCUCGUCGGGCGACGUGAUGAUCAGAAACACCCAGCUGAAGCACAGUGGACGGUACGUGUGCAUGGUGCGGACCGGGGUGGACAGCGUGUCAUCGGCCGCCGACCUCAUCGUGAGAGGUUCACCGGGACCACCAGAAAAUGUGAAGGUGGAUGAAGUCACAGACACCACAGCCCAACUCUCUUGGAAAGAAGGUUCAGACAACCGGAGCCCCGUGACGUCCUACUCGGUCCAGGCAAGGACGCCUUUCUCCGUGGGUUGGCAAGCUGUCAUGACAGUGCCUGAGGUCAUCGAUGGAAAAGCACACUCGGCCACCGUGGUCGACUUAAACCCAUGGGUGGAGUACGAAUUCCGCGUCGUAGCCAACAACAAAAUCGGCGGGGGAGAGCCCAGCCUACCCUCAGAAAAAGUAAGAACUGAAGAGGCAGCGCCAGAAGUGCCUCCGUCGGAGGUCAGCGGAGGAGGUGGAAGCCGGUCUGAGCUGGUGAUAACCUGGGAUCCAGUGCCCGAGGAGCUGCAGAACGGCGAGGGCUUCGGGUAUGUUGUCGCUUUCCGCCCUCUUGGGGUCCCCAACUGGAUCCAGACAGUGGUCACGUCUCCCGACACCCCGAGAUACGUCUUCAGGAAUGAGAGCAUCGUGCCAUUCUCACUGUAUGAAGUUAAAGUGGGGGUUUAUAACAACAAAGGCGAAGGGCCAUUUAGCCCGGUGACAACGGUGUUCUCUGCAGAAGAAGAACCUACAGUAGCUCCAUCCCACGUGUCUGCACAGAGCCUGUCUUCCUCGGAAAUUCACGUUUCCUGGAAUGCCAUUCCCUGGAAGCUGGCCAACGGACACUUGCUUGGCUAUGAGGUGCGGUUCUGGAGCAGCGGACAGGAGGCCUCGGCGAGCAGAGUGACGGUGGCGGCCAGCCGGACGUCGGCCACCCUCCGUGGCCUGAGGGGCAACCUGGCCUAUCACAGUGCCGUCCGGGCGUACAACAGCGCCGGCGCCGGUCCCUUCAGCGCCACGGUGACCGCGACCACCAGGAAAACCCCUCCCAGCCAGCCCCCCAGGAACGUGGUCUGGAAUGCUACAGACACCAAAGUGCUGCUGACUUGGGAGCAGGUCCGAGCCAUGGAGAACGAGUCGGACGUGACCGGGUACAAAGUUUUCUACAGGACCAGCAGCCAGAGUGACAUGCAGGUGCUGAGCACGAACACAACGUCGGCCGAGCUGCUGCUGCCCGUCAGGGAAGAUUACGUCAUUGAGGUGAAGGCCGCGACCGAGGGAGGGGACGGGGCCAGCAGCGAGCAGAUCAGGAUUCCCAGAGUGACCAAUAUGGAUGCAAGAGGGUCCACGUCGGCCAUCUCGAACGUCCACCCCGUGUCCAGUUACAUCCCCAUCGUCCUGCUCGUCACUGUAAACGCCCUGUGGUGACAGGAACUCUUUUUUUACCAUUUACUGGAAAGUUAAUUGGUGACAAAAAAACAAAACAAAACCCUGCUUUCAUGAAAUGCAGUGAUAAUGCAUGUUUUUUUUUCCUAACUCUGUAUUUUUAACCUUCUGAUAGAUAAAAUAUGAAUAUAAUUUAAGAAACAGUUGAGAAUCCUUUUAGGGGAAUCUGAAAAUGCCUUAAUACUUGAUAAACCAAAGAAAGUUACAUACUACGUACUUCCGACUUCUGGUAGGUGUCACAACUAGGAGCUAAGCGCUGUCUAUGCAUAAAGACGGACAUGUCCCCACGGGCACGCACACGUGUGGUGUGGGUUCACUUAGCGUCGAAAAGCCCUUUCAUCCAAAUGCUACUUUCCUAUCAUAACAGCGCUGUUUGGGAGGCUUAAUCAGUAUUAUUUUGAAAUGGUGAAAAACCCAUCUUAAACAUCGCCCUGUUUGGAAGCGGGCGCAUGUGCUUCAUGAAGUGUCAGGAAGGUGGCGAGACUGCGUGACGCCCGGGGUCCUGUCCGCGGGCGGGCGCGCCCCAGGUCACUUGCUCCCCCCGCUUCUCCGGGACACGGAGACCGCAACCCCGUCCUGCCUGCCUCUGCCCACAAAUUACCUGGAACAGGUGAAGAAGGAAACGUGAGCGGACCGGUUACCCAAGCGCAGGGCCGAGACGCCAAUGCGAACGUGCUGACCGCUGUCGGCCGUGAGGCCCGUGGGGCUCUGACGCCCGCAUUCCAGGCUGUUACAGAUCAUCCUUUUUCAUUCAGUGACAGUAUAGAGUGGAAACGAUCACAUUUUAUCCUUUCUCAAAAUAAAAAAAAAUAAAUAAAAUGAAUUAUUUCCUUCACACCUAUGAACGAGCUGUCAGGUUUUAUUAAAACAUGGUAGAGAAAAUAAGGAACGACCUGAAUCUCAACCCAAAUUUUAGAGGAAAUUCACACAAUUCAUUUCCAAUUUCUGAUGCCAUUCAGAGACCCUCUCUGUGUCGAGUGACAGAGGUGGCUUUUUAGGGGACUCCAGCCGUCCCUCUGCGUGAGCCUGGCAGGCUUUCUCGUCCUGAGCUAACUUUGUAACAGAACCACGGUCACGCUGCUGACUUGGAUGUCAAUGCAGUCUCCCCGUACGUGGUUUUCAAAGGACUGUAGAAGACGUGACUUCACAGCAAUAUGUAAAGAACACGCAAAACCCGGCAGCUUGAGUUUUAGACACCGAAAUCAAUGUUUUACCUCGUUCUUACCAAUUUCAUGUUUUGCGGGAACUUCUUUGCACAGAUGUCAGAAUUUGAAACCAAUAACAGUUCAGGUGUCAAAAAAGAUAAAAAUUCACAAAAUUCUGAUAAUCACCAUAAAGUGUUACUUUACAUUUAGAGAUUACAUUUAAGAUAAAGUCGUUACACACAAAGGAGAAAAAUAUCUGUAAGUUUCUCUGCAAGGUCUGUAUAUACUGUACAUAUCCGGCAAAAACCUGAACUAGUCGCUUCCUAUGGCCGUUGUUACUUCCAGUCAGAAGGUGGGGAAACCCUUCCUCCAACACCUGUAGUUUAUGCUACAUGUCUUGGAUUUGUACCUUUUUAUUAUUCAGUAAUUCCGAUACGUUCCAACGCUUUUCCGUUUCAAGAUAAUUACUCUCUCGUUUCAUGGUGUUUCUAGCAAUAUAUCUCCAUGAGAUUUGUACUUUGUUUCAUAUUGAAAAGUAUAAAGAAUAUCUUUAAAUUUCUGUGUGUGUAUCCUAUGGUUAUCUGUAUGUAUGAUUUUCUAUUAUUCUAAUAAAAUUUAUAACAAUUAAA